AAAACAAAAAUUAUACUAUACUUUCAUAUAUUUAUAAUUCAAUUUUUUUUUAUUAAAAAAAAGAAACUUAAAAUUCAAAAUGAAGUGACAUGGAAGACACGAUUACCAUAUGAAUGUGUCGAAUGUUUCAUUCGUGAUCUGAUCAAAGCGUGCUUUGGUUUCACAAAAUCGCAUUGCAUAAGUCUACAAUGAUUAGUACUAUUAUAUUUCCAAAGCCAAAAUCACCCCUCAAUUAGCCCACUUUUACGAUACAGUGUCAGUCUCUCUCUCUCUCUCUCUCUCCUCUCGGGAUGGAUUACGACCUGCUUGGCUAGGACCUCUGAGUUCUAAAUUGAGGUCGAAUUGAUGGAAGCAAUGUGUGAGGAACUCUGUUGAUAAUGCUGUCGAGAAAUCAAGACUAACAUAGAGUGAGUAUCACGAAAGAUCUAAUGUGUUCUUAUUUUGUUAUUUGAUCAUCUAUGAUGCAGGAAGGUUUUUGCAGUUGGAAGUAGGAGCUUUAUCACAACAAGAAGAGUGAAUAGUAGCUCAAACGAGACAACAUUUUUCUUUUAGCUACGUUGCUUGUGUGCCUGGGGAGCUGUGAAUUUUUAUCCUGACGGUAGUGUUUCAGUAAAACAUGGAUCGAUGGAGCGGUGUUUUAAAAAUUCAGCUUCAUCCAAACAGCACUACCUGCUACAGAGUUGCAGCAUCCCUUUGCCUCUCUUCUUCCAGAAACCUUUCUGUGCCGUCUGGAAAUGCAAUAUUCUUUAAUGGAGAUCGAGUGGAAGGGACAGGAAAUCCAGUGAUUGAAAGAUUAUCCGAUCCUCAAAAGAUUGCUGAAAUUCUAGUGUCGAAAUUUGGAGGGUCUAUCAAUGCAUUUGUUGUUGAGGCAUCCAUUUUCGAUGGACCGUUUGCUGUUUAUAAAGAUUUUAUUCCUUCGGUGAAUGAAUAUGGAGAUCCAAAAUCAUAUGAUGCUACAGGGUUCCCGGCUUCUACGACAUUGGUCCAGCUCUUGUCAAAGUUUCUUGCAGAGGCGAAAACAGUCAUUCCCGGAAAACAGAAACAACCAUAUCAAGCGGAAGCUUCUCCAUCCUUUUCGGGCAAACCAGAAAUGGCACUUCUUGGAUUUAGCAAGGGUGGCACAGUACUGAACCAGCUCCUAACUGAGUUCGCCUUCUCGGAAAUUAAGUCGAUGGAAAUCCCAGUUAAAGCAAACAAUAGCACGGUAAAUGAAGGAUUAUCAAUCAACAUAGACGACUGGAUCAUUCCCACGACUAAAGAGGAUCUGUUCAACAGCAUAGCUGAAAUUCAUUACGUCGAUGUUGGGUUAAACACCAAAGGAGCUUAUCUCACGGAUAGUGAUGUGAUAGACAGGAUCUCCGACAACAUAUGUCAAAGACGGUCCGGGAUUAGAUUUCUUUUACAUGGAACGCCUAGACAGUGGUUCGAUGAGAGGCGUGUUUGGAUUAGAAAAGAAAAGGAUGCGCUUCUUCGACUCCUCAAGCGAGCUGCCCAUAAGAAUAUGGGGAAAUUGCGUAUUCGCGAGAGGCUAUACUUUCCGGGUAAGCCUUCUGAUUUGCAGAUGCAUUUUGAAAUUAUUGACAUUAUGGAUGUGAGUUAACUUAAGUGCAUAAUGUUAUGUAAGAUUCCUAAUGUCGGUUAUUAAGGUGUCGAACUUAGGUUCAUUUUAGGUAAAAUCACUGUGCUAAGGAUAGAGAUGAAGUUUGAAGUUUUUGAUAGAUUCUUGUAAGAAGGUUCAUCCUAACUAAUAAAUCGAUUUUUGAUUAGUAAAUAAUAAUAAUCUAUGGAAUUGGAUCAUAA